AGCAGUUCAGAGUGGAAAGGUUGGCAAGAAGAAGAAAUGGCAGCCGGCGCACGGUGGUGUUGGCAGUGACCAAAAUGGCUAAUUUCUCGAUAGACUAUCGCUCACUCUGAUACGGAUUACUUUAAUAUUAUGAAUUUACUUGAAAAACCCCAUAAGUACAUUCAACUAGGAACGCGUUUCUAAGACUUUGAAGCAUGGCUUUAAUGUAUGAGAUGGCGUGGCGCUUUUUGCACGCGCUGCUCUAUGUCCAGCGAGCGCUGGUCGCCUGGUUCCGAGUCCACAUUUGGAGGUGGAAACGGGCCGUGUUGGGCUUAUUGCUGCCCCUUGCCCUGGGCAUACACAAGCUGAAAAAGACUGGAGCCACAGGCAAACGGACCAGCCGCCGGGUUCGCAGUGGAGCCGAUGGCAGGACGUUAGAGAAGCUGCCUCUUCAUCUGGGGUUAUUGAUCACCGAGGAUGAGAUCCACUUCACUGACGUCGCCAGUCUAGUGGUCUGGUGCAUGGCAGUGGGCAUCUCAUAUGUCAGUGUGUAUGAUAAUCAAGGUGUAUUCAGGCGGAAUAACUUCAGACUCAUGGAGGAGAUCCUGAAACAGCAGCAGGAGCUUUUGGGAAUGGACGGCUCCAAAUACUCGGUGGAGUUUAUGAAGAACGGUACAGAUAAACAAGAGCAUCAAGUGUUAUCUUGUCAGUCAGUGGUGAAAGUCUUCUCUCCAGACGAUGGGCGGCUCAGUAUCGUCCAGGCAGCCCAGCAGCUCUGCAGGGCCGUUGAGCAGAAGGAGAGGACACUCAAAGACAUUAACGUCACUGUGCUGGACUCAUUACUCAGAGAGUCAAAGAACAUACCAGACCCAGACCUGGUGCUGAAGUUUGGCCCUGUGGAAAGCACACUUGGGUUUCUUCCCUGGCACAUCAGACUAACAGAGAUUAUCUCCAUGCCGUCUCACGUAGAUGUCUCUUACGAUGACCUGUUCGGUGCUCUGCAGCGAUAUGCGACGUGCGAGCAGCGGUUGGGCAAGUGAGGAUCAGUCCACAGAGAGCAGAACAGAAGAAACUGGAUGAGCGAGAGGGGAUGGAGGGAGUCCGUCCCUCUCUUCAUGUUUACAGUACAAGCACUAGAGCCUCAGCGCCAGCAUGCCAAGGCCUGCCGGGCGUCUCUCUCUCUGUGUAUGUGUAUGAUUUAGACUCGUGUGUGUGUAUGUGUGAGUCUCCCGUGAGUAACAACACACAGAAAAGAAUGUGAACGCUGCCCUGCAGACAAUCCGGUCACUCGAAGAGCUUGGUUAGCCAUGUGGUGUAAACUUACCAUCAUCUUUUUUUUUUUCUUUUUUCUUUUUUUCCUUUCUGAAUCUUUGGACACUGGAAUGGUGACAGUUGGUAAAAGUGCACUGAACUCUACAGAAGCUGUGUACAGUCAUCCAUCUUGCACAGCGAACGAGAGCCCCUGGAGAGGGAAUGUGCUUCUCGUUGCACAGCUGCCUUCAGACGGCACAAACAUGAGAGAUUUUUCUAUUUCUUCUGCAUGCUGAAUCUGUCUUAUUGCAACGUCACGGUCCCAUUAAGGCUGUAAAUGGUUAUAUGUGUGUUUAUUUGUCAUUGUGUCGUUUGAAUGUGCGCGUGUGUGCCACAAAUGACACUAAUUGACACACUUUACAUCUACAUCGCCUCACCCCCCUGAAAGCUCUCGCUCUUUGUAAUGGCUCGUGGCACUGAUUAUGAUUUUAUUCGAUUUUUAGUAAAUAGUUUCAUUCAGAAAUCUUUUUUUUUUUUUUUUCUUUGUCUAUGUCUAUUGAUCAGAAAUGUUUCACUCUAAUAUUUUGUGAGAUCCGUAAUUGUUUUUUCAUAAAAGGCCACACACUUUUCAUGGUUGUGCUCCACACAAGAAGUCAUCUUAAAUGUGUAAUUCAUGGGCUGGUUUGCUAGUGUCCAAUGUGAAUGUAUAAUAAACGUUACUGAAAUCUUUAA